AUACCCCAGGGCACGCUUUUUCCCAAGCCCAUUCGUCACUCGCCCCGCGUCUCCACCGAAGCACCGUCUAUCUCCGGCACCGGCGCCGCCUCUCUUGCUCCCCCCCCCCCUCUUAACUACCUAGAACACUCUAUCUCUCUGCAUACCUCUUUCUUCGAUUGGUCUCAGCAAUGAGCUUAGCAGCAUGCGCAGAGAUAUCGCGUUAUUUUGCAGCAGCAUCUGUGAUACCUAAUUCUGGCAAGUCCAACGCUGCCGCCACUAUCAGCCACAGCUUACGCACUUCAAUCGGUGGUUACGGCGUCAUAUUAUCAACAUCGAGGUCAACGAAGAAAAAACAAAUGGUUGUGGAAGCUAGUGGCCAGGGUCUUACUUACAGAGACGCCGGCGUUGACAUCGAUGCAGGGUCCGAACUCGUGCGCAGAAUAGCAAAGAUGGCGCCAGGGAUUGGAGGCUUUGGCGGUUUAUUCCCUCUCGGUGAUUCGUACCUCGUUGCUGGUACCGAUGGUGUGGGAACGAAGGUGAUGCUUGCCUUCGAAACCGGUAUUCACGACACGAUUGGGAUUGAUUUGGUUGCGAUGAGCGUUAAUGACAUUGUUACUGCGGGGGCGAAGCCUUUGUUUUUCCUUGAUUACUUUGCCACUGGACACCUUGAUGUGGACGUUGCUGAAAAGGUUAUAAAAGGCAUUGUUGAUGGUUGUAAGCAAUCUGAUUGCGUUCUUUUAGGAGGAGAGACUGCAGAGAUGCCUGGCCUCUAUAAAGAAGGCGAGUAUGAUCUUAGUGGUUGUGCAGUUGGCAUUGUGAAGAAAGAUUCUGUAAUCAAUGGGACAAACAUUACUGCUGGUGACAUUCUUAUUGGUCUACCAUCUAGUGGAGUCCACUCUAAUGGUUUCUCACUUGUAAGAAGAGUUCUUGCUCAAAGUGGUCUUUCGUUGAAAGAUCAACUUCCUGGGGGUGAUAUUACAAUUGCAGAAGCGUUGAUGGCCCCAACUGUUAUCUAUGUUAAACAGGUACUUGACUUCAUUAGCAAAGGAGGAGUGAAGGGAAUUGCCCACAUCACAGGUGGUGGUUUCACAGAUAACAUACCUCGAGUUUUUCCAGAAGGCCUUGGUGCUGUUAUAUACAAAGACUCGUGGGAGGUGCCUGCAGUGUUCAAGUGGCUUCAAGAGGCUGGGAAGAUUGAAGACUCUGAGAUGAGACGGACUUUUAAUAUGGGAAUAGGGAUGGUCCUGGUAGUUAGUCCAGAGACAGCUAGUAGAAUACUUGAGAGCAGAGGCAAAACCGAGAAAGUCUACCACAUUGGUAAAGUUAUAAGUGGUAAGGGAGUGACCUUUGGUUAAUUUAAAUUGAGUUUAAUAAUCAUUUUGUACCUUUUUGGAUACUUUCAUGGAGAAUUUCUCAAUGAGAUUUGAAUCAAAGCCUUGGCUUUCCCUACAUAAAUCUCAUGAAACAUCUCUAGUUGCUAGUGGAAAUUGUUUACGU